UGUGCCUGGGUCCGGGGUCCGCUCAGUCCGGCUCCCACACACUCAGUGUCUGUCGCUGUGCCUCCUGCUCGCCGGCCGCUCUGAUGGAUGUUGACGCUGCCAUGUUGUCGGUCGGUGAGUUCGGGAGAUAUCAGAAGCAGCUGAUAGUCAGUCUCGUCCUGUUGCAGAUAUACGUGGCCUGUCAGUCAAUGCUGAUUGUACUAGUGGGAGCACAGCCUGAGUACCGAUUAAACACACCGCAAGUGCCCAGCACGCACGAGGAGUUUGUCAAACACGUCAUAUUUGAGGAAGAUUUCACCUCCAUUGCAACUGAGUGGUAUUUAAUCAGACAGGAAGCGUACAAAGUGAACUUGGCUGGAUCCUUAUUCUUCGUAGGAUUGCUCAUUGGUAACAUCUUGUUUGGGCCCUUGUCUGACCGAUUUGGCAGGAAACCAAUCUUCCUAGCAGGCUUGUUCCUUGAUGUGGUAUUUGGGUUUAUCACAGCACUCGCUCCAAACUAUGAAGUCUUUGCAGUAACCCGACUCCUUGUCGGGCUUGUGAAUGGUGGGAUGUCCCUGGUGGCUUUUGUACUGACACAAGAGUUUGUGGGAAAAUCCUACUGGGCUUUGACAGGGUCACUCACCAAUUUAGUAUUUGCGGUUGGAAUUGCUGCUUUCUCUGUUAUUGGCUAUUACAUCAGAGAUUGGCGUGCCCUUGCUGCUGUCGCCAAUUGUCCUGGAGUCGUGUUUUUCCUUCUUUUCAUUACAAUUCCAGAAUCGCCAAGGUGGUUAUAUUCCCAUGGGAGGACUGAGGAAGCAGAGGAGGUGCUACAAUAUAUUGCACACAGGAAUGGGAACGAAAUGAUUUUUGUGCAACUAAAGCCCUGUGCUGGAACAACGAAAAUUGGUCAGUCAGUUCAUGGAGUGAUGGACCUGGUGAGAUACCCUACAUUACGCUGGAGAACUGCCAUUUUGAUGUAUGUGUGGUAUGUUUGUAGUCUUGUGUAUUAUGGCCUAACGUUGAAUGCGGGGGAAUUGAAAGGCAAUCGCUACCUGAACAUCGCUUUGUACGGCCUUGUGGAAGUGCCAGCAUUUCCUCUCUGCCUUUACUUCAUUGAUAAAUCCUGGUCAGGAAGACGCAAGACGAUGACAGCAUUUCUGUUAUUUGCAGGCGUUGCCUGCAUAAGUACCAUGUUCUUGCCUCGGCAUCUGGCAGACUUUGACUUGGGAUUCUUGCUGAAUGUCACUUCAUUGGCACUAUGUGGAAAGUUGGCUGUCAGCGCUGCCUUUAAUAUUGUCUAUGUUUUUACUGCAGAGCUUUACCCAACUGUGAUCAGGAAUGCUGGAUUAGGAAUAUGCUCGAUGUCAUGCAGAGUCGGUGGGAUUCUGGCUCCAUUUGUACCAUCUCUGAGGUAUCUGAAUCCAUCAAUGCCGUUCAUUGUGUUUGGGAUCGCCGGAAUGUCAGGGGGAUUCCUGGGACUCCUCCUUCCAGAAACAUUAAAUAAACCAAUUGCCGAGUCAAUAGAGGACCUUCACACUCCAGCCUACCAGAGACUUGAAGACAAAAGAAAAAAGGGAGUUGGAUCACAGGAAAGCACUCAGUCAUGAAGAUCGGAGGCUUAGCAAAGAACCAUUCAGACUGAAAGGAUGAUCCAAUGGGUGUAAGGACAGUGUUUUGAGAUGAGGCCUCAGCAUUGCAAGGAGAAAUUGUAGAAGAUGCUACAAGAAGUUAUGUAACCAAUUCAAAGAGACUUGGAAAUGGUGCUUUUUAAGAUUAGCUGGUUUCAAGGUGACAAACGUGCAGCUAGUGGCUAAGGAAAGACUUAUUUAAGCUAGAAAGAUUUACCUCAGUUAUUCAUUUCCCAACAUCUGUUGGGUAACAAGGAACUGAGAAUUCCUAUUGUUUACAUUUCUAAUUGUACAGUUUUGCAAGUAUUUUUACCUUUGACCUGCCAUUUAAAGUAUAAUAGAGUUGUAUUACCUGAAGGAUAUCAUCUCUUUCACCAGAUUUUGAUACAUUAGUUUUAUUGACAAACCAUCACUUUCGUAAGAUCUUAGGAAUCAAGUUAUGAUGUUCAACAUAUAACUUCAAAAACCUGGGAGCUAAGCUCCACUAACGUUUUAAUACAACUUACAUUAUAAUGGAGAGCCUUAUAAUGAGUUGUAUGUAUUGGACAUACUUUUAUCUCUCUGAAGGGUCUCUAUUUAGACACUUGUCAUUUCUUAAGGACCACUUUCUAAAAGGUCUCUGUUUUUCCAUUUAUUCUGCUCUGCUUCAGUCUAGCACUUCUGUAUUAAGGAGCCCUAAAUGCUACAGCUUUGUAUUUAAGAGGAGAAUGAUCCAGGAUAAAAUGAUUUAAUCUUGUAGGUGCAAUAUGUGUCAUAGCAUCUUAUCCAUUCCUUUGCUGUUUGAGUUUGUGGUUAUGUCGCGUCAUGCCGAUUGGAUCGUGACUUCCAAUUCUAAUGACUUCUUGUUCCAAGAACAAGACCAAGAGAUAAAUCUGUAAACUAUCAAUUAAAUCUUUUCAACUAUAUUUUAUUUCGAACCAUAAGCCAUCCAUAUUUUGGCUGUGUUGUUCCACUUUGCCUUCAGUGCACUGUGCACACUACCUUGUGAUACCUUUCCACAGGCGUCUUUUUGGGUGUCAAUUGUAUUUUAAUAGCUUUGCUAAUGGUCCAUGUUUCAUGUGCAGUAUUUAUCAUAGAAACUUAUGUUAAAUGUUUAUUCUGCAGCAUUUAACUGCAGUUGAAUGACACCAUCCUGCAAUAGGAUGCUGACUCCCUUCAGUGUUAUCUAUGAUUGACUGAAAACAUUUUCAACCCACUGUUCCCAUUACCUGUGUUGUGCAUUUUCCUCUGAGGUUUGAUGGAAAGGAGGUGGUCUGAGAGUUUGGUCCACAAUCAACAGACAUACAUAGACGACACAGGGAACUGUUUAUACAGAAAGGAAAGCCUAACCUGUUCUUGCAUGUUCUGCCCAUGAUGCAUUGUAGAACAUUUCAGCUUCUCUGUUUGAGAGGUGUGCGGACACCGAAUGGUGAAACUCCUCCAUGUUCGGACUAUGGCAGAUGGAUCCAGUGACCAAGCCUCCCUGCAUCCCAACUUGGUCAUGUAGACCCAGUGACCAAACUCCUCCUCCUCUUCGUCUCCUCCACCCCCCCCCCCCCCCCCCCCCCCCCCCCUGCCAAACCUCUGACUUGGACCUAUGGAUCUAGUGACUAAAACUGCCUCCCCAUCCUGACUCUGGCAGUGACCAAACUGCUCCACAUUCUGACUCUGGAUCCAGUGACCAAGCUCCUCCACCUCCCCAGUCUGGCAGGCAGAUCCAGUGAUCAGACUACAUUUAUCCCCCACCUGCACCUCCCCGAACACUUCACUAGCUCUGGUAGGAUGAUCUGGUGACCAGACUAUCCCCACUCAGGUGGAACCGGUGAUCAAAUUCUACCCCUUCAAAUUGCCUCCAGCAGAAUGAUCCAAUUGGAUUGAAGGGAAGCUGUGUAUUCACAUAGAUGCAGUCUACUUGUUAUUCAAUGCUACUUCACUCAAUCUGAUUAUAUGCACUAACUCCCUUGCUUGCUGUAUCAUUUCCAUUACAUAAUGCCAUUUCCUUUUUGUUUUUUUAAUAUAGUUCAUGCUUCCUCCAUUUUUGUAAAGCACAGGAAGGACUUUGAGUAAUCAGGAGUAGAAUCUAUGGGAUUUCUGGCAAGAACCUUUCUCAGCUUUUAUUUUUUAAAAAGUCAUAAUGAUCUUGAAAAGAGAAUGUAAGAACGUGCAAGAGAAGAAAAGAUUUUAAGCUCAAAAGCAGUAGAAAUAUAGAGGAAGAGUGAGAGUGGGAAAUCUCAGACUAUAUAGCUGAUCCCAACUUGGGGAGACAAUAGGAGGUGACAGAUGCUCUAGGAAGAGGGGAAAUUAGCCAUGGUUCCUGAUCCUGGUCGCUAUCCAGUGACUCCCAUUGAAAAGUGCACAAGUGGACAUUAGACGUGGUCAGGAAUCAGGCUUAGUUGUGAUGCCAUUUGCGAAUGAUGCUCAACCGUUUGAGCUAAUUGUUGAGGAAUAUUUUCUUGAGAUCUACUUGGAUGGGGAGGUGGAAGGCUGCUGGACCUGAUAACGCUGUAGUCCAAGAAUCAACCUCUCCAGGAUUGGACAGAGGAGCAAUAGGGAGGAAUUUGGUUUCAAAACAAGGAGAAGAAUCAGGUUGGAAUUAAUAGGAUGGAGUGUGAUGUCAAGUUUGAUAAAAGUGGGACAAUUGGAUUAGGAGGAAAAGUAGGCCAUCUUUUCUUAUUUAAAUGUAAUUUUGCAGAUACCUAUUUCAGUAGUUUAGAGUAAAUGCUAUUGUAUUAAAUAUACUGUGUGAUCUUAUUACUGGCAAUUAUGUUUGUUUCAGUGUCCGCGUAGGAGCUGAAAACAAAUACCUGUCAUCCGUGAGAAGCAGGAUGUUUCCCUGCAUCUCUCGGCACAUUAAAGUUAGAACAUGAAGCACAUCCAAUUGUCUAGCAGAGAACAUUCCAUUCCGUCAGCGGUUAGCCAUUUACCUCUGUAAUGUGCAGCUGUGUAGAAACAGUAAUGCUGUAUAUAUACUGUACUGGGCCUUGUGCUCAAAAUGCGGGCUGUCACUUUUUGUUUCUUGCCUGGGAUCUAUGUGCAAGGGAGACAUUAACCAAAUUAACCAACAAAGAUCUCCACACCCCUGACCAGCAACAAUCCAGAGCUUGCCUUGCAACAGGGUAGGGGUGGAUUUUCAACUGGCUGUCUGCAUAUAAAACUGGCCCCUCACAGACCAAUGGCAAGCUGAAAAUUUCUCUCACUGAUGUCACUAGUAAUUUAAAUGGUCUGACAAUUUCAUGUCCUCCUGUUUCAAUGCUAUUGUGUAUUUUUUUGUUUGACUAGUUCUUGUAAAUGUGACAUUUUCACAUUCAGUUUUGUGAGCUUGGUGUCAGUUAACCAGAUUGCUUUGUAUUUCAUUUUUACAUGGUGAAAAUCUGCCACACGUGUAACUGUACCAUGAAAUGUGACACCAAAUAUAAUAAGAAAUGCCCCCUGA